AUGCGAUUGAUAAUAGUUGGACUGAUAACGUUUCGGCUAUUUGCUGAGAGAAGUGUCUAUGCAGCGACUGUGAUUGCUAAUUUAACGAUAAACGAUACUGACGAAGCCAUUGUACGAACAUUAUGGACAUUGGAUCAGUUAAUGACCUUAUGCGUUCAUCAUUCAAGUUAUCAAAUUCUUAAUUAUUCAUCAUUGGUACCACAGUCAGAAAAUUUUAAAAUAUCGAAUACAGUUGAAGUAAUCGCAAAUAAUAUUUGUUUAAGUACAUUACUGCGAAAUGUUCUCGAACGACAAGUGGUCAUUCUUCCAACGUUAAGUUACAGUGGUAAAGAAAUGCAUAUGAUGCAGAUGAAGUUUAUUCAACCGUUGAGUUUUGAUGAGUUUGGUGAAUUUACUGGAUUUGCCGGAUUACUAACUGAUGAAAAGAAUGAUAAUUUUACUAAAACUACUCCAGGAUGGAAAGUUAAAUUUAUGCAAAUCAAGAUGGUUUGUUUUUUUCGUACUGCGCCAAGAGUGGGUGUUUAUCAUCGAUUCAUCAAUGAUGCUGAUCCAGCGAGUUUAUCAAGAUUACGUCUUCUCAUCGACUGUUUUCAUAAACAAUUAUCAGCGGCAACGAACGCUUGUAUUGAAGUUAAUGAACCGAAUUUUUGGGCUGAAACUAUUCGCAAUUUCGAUAAAAAUAUUUUCAAGGGAAAACAUAAAAGAACUUCGUCAACGCUGUCGUCUGAAUCGAUCGAGUUAGCCGAUUAUCAUGUUAAUUUUGAAGCGGAAACAGUUAAAACUCCGGUUCGUUUAUAUCUUGCUCGUCUUUCGCCGUGGCGGCUUGUAAUUAUUAUUUUACCUAUUAGUGCGGAACAUAUUUUAUCUAUUAGUUCAUCUCCAAUUAUUCCUUUACUGGUGUUUCACUGUGAUGAACCUUGGAUGGCUUAUCAUCUUUCAAUGAUAAAAGCUCCGAAUCCUGUGAAUUACUUAUCUGAUCACCGUUUGGAGGAUCAUUUGUCGAUAUUAGCUGCUUUAAAUCGGCAGUUACGUCUUCCAGCAGCUGAAAAAGGAUCUGAUUGUCUCGAACUUCAUUGGUUAUCGACUUCGCGGAUGUCGCAUAAUGAGGAGCGAAGGCAUACCGCUUUUGAUUUACACUCAUACUGUGAAAUGAUUGAAGAACAGCUUUACUCAAGAGCUUUUAUAGCUACUGUCUACCAUGCUCUCAUUGAAGGACUUUAUAUUCCCGAUAAAGAUUUAAUUGAGGCAAUGGAAGAAUACUGUGAACAAACAAAUAUUGAAGUGGAUAAUAUUGAUGAUUGUAUUCGUUCUCUCUGCUCGCAUCUUGUUAAAUUUCAUAAGUUUGAUUCAUAUGGCUCGGGUGAGAAACCGUCUUCAGCGGAUUUUUUCCCGAAUAAUAGCGAAGAAUCAUGCGAAGAUGAACAAGAGGAUUAUCGAAAUGCUUUUAAUGAACUGUUAUCACGACAUUUUAGACCUAUCCCAAAUUCUCCACAUUAUUUCUAUUAUGUUCUUGAAAAUCGAGCUCGGAAUGAGCGUAUUUCGCUUGAUGAUAGGCUCGUUAUACCUAAUGAAGAAAGUUCCAAAGAACUUAGUUUUGACACUAUCAAUGGUGACCCUGUCAGAAGGCUUCCAUCAGAGAACAGAUGUUCUUUUCCUCUUUUUAUCAAUUUUACGUGUAGUCUUCGCUUUCCCAAUAUGGAGUUAUAUACAUUUCCUGUUGAUCAUCUUCCAUCUUGUAUAAUGCAGCUUAUUCAUAAAUGUCCAGAUAUCUCUAAUGAUUGCUUCACGCUCCUGGAUCAGAUUGAAGUUUCUUUGGAUAUCCAUAUUUUGUCUUGGCCAGUUAGCCGUGCUUUUAAUGAUCGAAUGGAUUCUGUGUUGCCAUCACCGAGAUCAAAUGAUGUUUCUCCGUUCAUUGCUAAUAAAACACUGAAUGCCUUUGAUUUCGAUAAUAUCUCCGUGACAUCUUCGAGUAUUAUGACAGAAUUGCCACAAUUGCAAAGAAAUGCUGUCAUUGAAUUGCAUGAAGGUAUUCUUCGCUUACUAAAAGCUGAAAAAAUCUUCGUUCUUUCACGAUAUCGUGAAAUGCAUCACGAAACUAUUAAUAGAGUUAUCGAAUACAUCAAAUCUGAGGUAAAACAAGGAGGUCAUUCAGACCGUGUUAAAUAUGCCAAAGUACAGAUUUUUUUUGUGAUGGAACAAGCAAAGGCUUUGCGCCGCUUAAAAGAACGAUUAAAAAAUGCAGUGGUGGAAUAUUGUAAAUUAGAAAUAUUUCCUGAUUCAAGUAAUAUUUUAUACUGUUGUUCCAUUAGUGACAUACAGCGAUUCAAGGUGAGCAGUUUCGAAAGAAGUUUCAUUGUUGAUAAGGAGAAAUUAUAUUCAAUGAAUUUGUUAAAUCUCGAAGUGAAGCGAAAACUCUUGAAAAAAGUGGAUAAAAUAAAGCGAUGUAACAGUGCACCACUUUUUGAACUGAAUGAAGGAUUUCAUCUAUCAGCAAAAAAAGAAAUCCGUCGAGCAUCAUUUGAUUAUGCUUUAUCUGGUUUGUGGUUUGGAACUUAA